AUGGCGCAGAAAGGAGUUGAACUGGAUCAAGAAACAAUCAGCUGUUCCAUCUGUCUGGAUUUACUGAAGGAUCCAGUGACUAUUCCCUGUGGACACAGCUACUGCAUCAACUGUAUUAAAAGACACUUUGAUGAAGAGGACAAGAAGAAAAUCCACAGCUGUCCUGAAUGCAGACAACUCUUCCCAUCGAGGCCUGUCCUGGUGAAAAGCACCAUGUUAGCAAAUUUAGUGGAGCAGCUGAAGAAGACUGGACUCCAAGCUGCUCCUGCUGAUCACUGCUAUGCUGGACCUGAAGAUGUGGCCUGUGAUGUCUGCACUGGAAGAAAACUGAAAGCCUUCAAGUCCUGUUUAGUCUGUCUGGCAUCUUACUGUGAGAAACACCUUCAAUCUCAUUAUGAUGUAGCUCCUUUAAAGAAACACAAGCUGGUAGAUCCCUCCAAGAAGCUCCAGGAGAACAUCUGCUCUCGUCAUGAUGAGGUGAUGAAGAUGUUCUGUCGUACUGAUCAGCAGAGUAUCUGUUAUCUCUGCUCUGUGGAGGAACAUAAAGGCCACAACACAGUCUCAGCUGCAGCAGAAAGGACUGAGAGGCAGAGAGAGGUGGAGGUGAGACGACAAAACAUCCAGCAGAUGAUCCAGAACAAAGAGAAAGAUGUGAAGCUGCUUCAACAGGAGCUGAAGGCCAUCGCUCACUCUGCUGAUAAAACAGUGAAGGACAGUCAGAAAAUGUUCACUGAGAUGAUCCGUGUCCUCCAGGAAAGAAGCUCUGAUGUGGAGCAGCAGGUCAGAUCCCAGCAGGAAACUGAAGAGAGUCGAGUCAAAGAUGUUGAGGAGAAGCUGGAGCAGGAGAUCACUGAGCUAAAGAGGGAAGACGCUGAGCUGAAGCAACUCUCAGACAUAGAGGAUCACAACCAGUUUCUACACAACUACCCCUCACUGUCACCACUCAGUCAAUCUACACACUCAUCCAGCAUCAAUAUCCGUCCUCUGAGGUACUUUGAUGACGUGAAAGUAGCUGUGACAGAGCUCAGAAAGAAACUAGAGGACGUUCUGAAAGAGACAAGAACAUACAACUCACUGACACUGACUGAAGUGGAUGUUUUACUGUCACAACCAGAGCCAAAGACCAGAGAUGAAUUCUUAAGGUAUUCAUGUGAAAUCACACUGGAUCCCAACACAGUGCACAGAAAUCUGGUACUGUCUGAGGGAAAGAAAAAAGUAACAUUUUUUAAUCAAAAAAAGAGAUAUUCAGAUCAUCCAGAGAGAUUUACUGAUUGUCGUCAGGUCCUGAGUAGAGAGAGUCUGACUGGACGUUGUUACUGGGAGGUGGAGUGGAGUGGAAGAGUUGGUGUAGCAGUAACAUACAAGAAUAUCAGUAGAGCAGGUUACAAGAGUAGCUUUGGAUACAAUGAGAAAUCUUGGGCAUUAGAUUGUUAUAAAGACAGUUCUACAUUUGAGUACAACAACAUCCAAACUUCUGUCACAGGUCGUCCUUCCUCCAGAGUAGGAGUGUACCUGGAUCACAGAGCAGGUAUUCUGUCCUUCUACAGCGUCUCUGAAACCAUGACUCUCCUCCACAAAGUCCAGACCACAUUCACUCAGCCGCUCUAUGCUGGACUCUGGAUUGGUGAUUGUUUUAUUGUUAGAUCAAGUGCUGAGUUGAUUAAACUCAAGAUUUCUCUUACAGCUGAUGGAGAAAAUGUCAAAUAUGAGCGUGAACUUGAGACAGUUUUCCUCCUUAAAGACCUCAAAGAACACAGUUCAUGUCGUCCUUCCUCCCGAAUAGGAGUGUACCUGGAUCACAGAGCAGGUAUUCUGUCCUUCUACAACGUCUCUAAAACCAUGACUCUCCUCUACAGAGUCCAGACCACAUUCACCCAGCCGCUCUAUGCUGGACUGGCUUCUUGUUUGGGGAUCAAGAGGCUUGCCUCAUCUCCAGAGUGGGAGGAGGAAAGACUCAGUUACGUCACCAAGAACCUAGAGACAACAUCCACUAUGAAGGCGCAGGAGGACUUGGAAAACCAACAAAAACAGUGGAACCAGGAAAAGUUCAACCUCCAGCAGCGUUUGGAGUCUUUGGUGAAGGCCGUUGAGAAGAAGGCGGAGGAGGAAAUACAAAGCAGCUCCACUCUGUCCACGUACUUCCUGGGUUCCUCCCCUUUAGAUCUGUAUAACAUGUGGAGAAGUAAACUCACUGAGUCACUGACACUGAGAGCAGAGAUGGCGCAGAAAGGAGGUGAACUGGAUCAAGAAACCUUUUCUUGUUCCAUUUGUCUGGAUUUACUGAAGGAUCCGGUGACUAUUCCCUGUGGACACAGCUACUGCAUGAACUGUAUUAAAAACCACUUUGAUGAAGAGGACAAGAAGAAAACCCACAGCUGUCCUGAGUGCAGACAACUCUUCCCAUCGAGGCCUGUCCUGGUGAAAAACACCAUGUUAGCAGCUUUAGUGGAGCAGCUGAAGAAGACUGGACUCCAAGCUGCUCCUGCUGAUCACUGCUAUGCUGGACCUGAAGAUGUGGCCUGUGAUUUCUGCACUGGAAGAAAACUGAAAGCCUUCAAGUCCUGUUUAGUCUGUCUGGCAUCUUACUGUGAGAAACACCUUGAACCUCACUAUAAGUCAACUACAUUUAAACAACACAAGCUGGUGGAUCCCUCCAAGAAGCUCCAGGAGAACAUCUGCUCUCGUCAUGAUGAGGUGAUGAAGAUGUUCUGUCGUACUGAUCAGCAGAGUAUCUGUUAUCUCUGCUCUGUGGAGGAACAUAAAGGCCACGACAUGGUCUCAGCUGCAGCAGAAAGGACUGAGAGGCAGAGAGAGGUGGAGGUGAGACGACAAAACAUCCAGCAGAUCAUCCAGGACAAAGAGAAAGAUGUGAAGCUGCUUCAACAGGAGCUGAAGGCCAUCGCUCACUCUGCUGAUAAAACAGUGAAGGACAGUCGGGAGAUGUUCACUGAGAUGAUCCGUCUCCUCCAUGAAAGAAGCUCUGAUGUGGAGCAACAGGUCAGAUCCCAGCAGGAAACUGAAGAGAGUCGAGUUAAAGAGGUUGAGGAGAAGCUGGAGCAGGAGAUCACUGAGCUAAAGAGGGAAGACGCUGAGCUGAAGCAGCUCUCAGACACAGAGGAUCACAACCAGAUUCUACACAACUACCCCUCACCGUCACCACUCAGUCAAUCUACACACUCAUCCAGCAUCAAUAUCUGUCCUCUGAGGAACUUUGAUGACGUGAAAGCAGCUGUGACAGAGCUUAGAAAAAAACUAAAGGACCUUCUGAGAGAGACGAGGACAAACAUCUCACUGACAGUGACUGAAGUAGAUGUUUUACUGUCGCAACCAGAGCCAAAGACCAGAGAUGAAUUUAAAGUAUUCAUGUGAAAUCACACUGGAUCCAAACACAGUACACAGAUAUCUGGUACUGUCUGA